CCUAGGACAGCAGGAUGCUUGCUGCCCUGGGGCGGGAGGGGCGCGUGCAGAACCGGCCUGAGCGGCCGCGGGGAAGGGGUUAAAAGGGACUGUUGUCAUUCUAUCCGUCCUCCCGGCCCCGCAAGCUCUCCUCCAAUCCCCAGGACCCUCUCCGGGGCCACUCACAAACAGGAGGAAUUUAGGCCUCUCUGUCUGGGGGCGCUCUUUGUGGGGACAAGCGCCACUGUGCGCGCGUGGAGGGCGGGCCCGGGGAUUAGCGGCGCGCGGCGGGGAUGGCCUGGUCGGCGCGGGACCGCGGGGCCCUCGGGCUGGGACUGCUGCUGUCGGGGCUCUGCCUGUCCGUGGCUCAAAGGGGACCCCCGGGUGAGCAGGGUCCUCCGGGGCCGCCGGGCCCCCCUGGAGUCCCGGGCAUCGACGGCAUCGACGGUGACCGAGGUCCGAAGGGUCCCCCGGGCCCCCCGGGCCCCCCGGGAGAGCCGGGAAAGCCGGGAGCUCCGGGCAAACCUGGCACGCCGGGCGCAGACGGAUUAACGGGACCUAAUGGAUCUCCUGGCUCUGUUGGACCGAGAGGACAGAAAGGAGAACCUGGCGUGCCGGGACCUCGUGGAUUUCCAGGCCGUGGUAUUCCUGGACCUCCUGGUCCUCCUGGGGGAGCAGGCCUCCCCGGAGAGCUUGGCCGUGUUGGACCAAUUGGUGACCCUGGGAGAAGAGGACCACCGGGCCCCCCUGGUCCCCCGGGACCCAGCGGAACAAUUGGCUUUCAUGACGGAGAUCCAUUGUGUCCCAGUUCCUGUCCACCGGGCCGCUCUGGAUAUCCAGGCCUGCCGGGCAUGAGGGGUCAUAAAGGGGCUAAAGGAGAGAUUGGUGAACCUGGAAGACAAGGUCACAAGGGUGAAGAAGGAGACCAGGGCGGAAUUGGACAGGUUGGAGCUCAAGGACCUCCGGGAGCUCAAGGUUUAAGAGGCAUCGCGGGCAUAACUGGGGCCAAAGGAGAAAAAGGCGCUCGGGGCUUAGAUGGAGAACCCGGACCACAAGGUCUCCCUGGUGCACCUGGUGAUCAAGGGCGGCGAGGACCUCUAGGAGAAACAGGUCCCAAGGGAGACAGAGGGGCUCAAGGUUCUCGAGGAAUUCCUGGUCUCCCUGGGUCCAAGGGCGACACGGGCUUGCCAGGUGUGGACGGCCGGGAUGGGAUACCUGGAAUGCCGGGAACAAAGGGUGAACUAGGGAAACCUGGACCUCCUGGGGAAGCAGGGUUGCAGGGGUUACCUGGUAUACCUGGAAUUCCUGGCGCAAAGGGUGUUGCCGGUGAAAAGGGUAACACAGGUGCUCCAGGGAAGCCCGGUCAACUGGGGAAUUCAGGCAAACCGGGCCGCCAGGGGCCACCAGGAGAGGUGGGACCCCGAGGACCUCGGGGCCUCCCUGGCAGUAGAGGUGAAGAAGGACCAGUAGGACCCCCAGGACUACCAGGUAAACUGGGUUCUCUCGGCAGACCUGGCUUCCCCGGCUUGCCUGGCCCCCCUGGACUUCCUGGAAUGAAAGGUGACAGGGGCGUAGUUGGUGAACCUGGUCCAAAGGGUGAACAGGGUGCCUCUGGUGAAGAGGGAGAACUGGGAGGAAGGGGUGAACUGGGAGAUAUAGGAUUACCUGGCCCAAAGGGAUCUGCAGGUAGCCCCGGGGAGCCUGGCUUGAGGGGACCGGAAGGAAGCCGGGGGCUUCCUGGGGUGGAAGGACCACAAGGACCCCCUGGCCCGCGAGGCGUGCAGGGAGAACAGGGCGCCACCGGCCUGCCUGGGAUCCAGGGCCCUCCCGGCAGAGCACCCACCGAUCAGCACAUUAAGCAGGUUUGCAUGAGAGUCAUUCGAGAGCAUUUUGCUGAGAUGGCUGCAAGUCUCAAGCGUCCGGACUUCGGAGCCUCGGGCCUCCCCGGGCGGCCUGGCCCCCCUGGUCCCCCAGGCCCCCCUGGAGAGAACGGUUUCCCAGGCCAGAUGGGACUUCGAGGCCUCCCGGGCAUGAAGGGCCCCCCCGGGGCUCUUGGUUUGAGGGGAGCGAAAGGUGACAUGGGGGAAAGAGGUGAUCGUGGCCCCCCAGGAAGAGGUCCCAAAGGUUUGCCCGGGACUUCAGGUCUCCCAGGUGACCCAGGUCCUGCCAGCUACGGGAGGAAUGGCCGGGAUGGUGAGCGAGGCCCCCCAGGGGUGGCAGGCAUCCCUGGUGUACCCGGCCCCCCGGGACCUCCUGGCCCUCCUGGUUUCUGCGAGCCAGCCUCCUGCACCUUACAGGCUGGGCAGCGGGCAUUUAAUAGCAAAGGUCCAGAUCCAUCAAAGGCUUAGUGCGGCACAGCUGUCUGCACAAACCAUGCCUGGCGAAGGGCUUGGAGGAGAAACACCCCAGAAGCCAGGGCCCAGGUGACGGUGCCUUACCUUCAAUGUUAUUCUAUUGAUAGAAGUCCCACCUGACCAUCAGGUUUAGAACCAUGGUGCUAUUCAAUAAAUCCUCUUUCCUUUUCCUUGGAGAGGAGCCACAGGGUCAUCGAUCAAACUAACAAAUAGAACUGACAGUAGUCCUGUCCCCAGGAUCUGGAACUUCCGUGUGCUAUCCGUGUGUGUUACGUCAUGGGCCACGGAGCCAAUAAACAAAAACAGCUGUUUGGUUUACCUCAGUUGCGGCAGUUCUUUUCAUUUUUUAUUGAGAGCUUGUUCUCAGAUGAUAGUUUCAGCUCUAUGAUUACCAGACUGAUUAUGAAGAAACCCCACUACCGUCAAUAGAACUGGUGCUCAAAAUCCCCCCCAAAUCCCGGGGGGGCCAGGGGUGCUGUGCCGCUCGGAGCGGUUUCCAUGCUGCACGUGUAGGUCCUCAGCAUCAGCUUGAAGUUUUGUGGAACUGUACUGUGUCCCAAACCCGCUUAUAUUUUGGGCUCUUCUGUGUGAAAGCAAAGAAGGAAUCUUAAUAUCCUGCCAUUUGUAAGUUUUAUCGAUGAGAUUAUUUAUUUUAAAGGUUUGAGGUAACGUCUCUGGUUGUACCAAAGAAGCAAUAAAUACGGUUUCUUGAUCUCUU